AUGUCAGACGACGAUGAAUACGAGAUACCGCUCCAAGAUCAACGAGUAUUUGGAGCGGGUAUCAAGAGGAAGGGAGUAAAGUUCGUUCCCUCAAGCUUGAGCGCCACAGCGGAUCUACCUUCAGGAAAUACCUCCGCGAAAUCUAUCAGCGACUUCUAUUUGGGUCUCGUUCUGUCAUCUGACUCGAAAAAAGCCGAUGCUUCCUCGAAGACAGACGGUAACACUGAGCUAAAAGGACAGGAAAUGGGAGAAUCGUCGGUAGAACAGAUAUGUGAGGUCUGCAACCUACCGCUAUUAUCUGCCCCUUCUACCUCGAAUAGUACUCAAGAUGGCACAGACAGUACACAUUCCAUCACUGUUUCCAAUGACAACAAAUCUCAUCCUCACGAGGCUUCCUUAGCUCACCAACUUUGCUUGGCGCAUUCACAUCCCCCUUCACACCUCGAUCGUAAUCGCAAAGGUCUGGCAUAUCUUGCAUCUUACGGCUGGGAUCCGGACUCCAGGCUUGGUCUUGGUGCUGCAGGUCAAGGUAUACAAUUUCCGAUAAAGACGAAGCCAAAAGACGAUAAAAUGGGCAUUGGAGUUGUGCUGCCGAAAGAGGCUGAGCGUAGGAGAAAAGAGAAACCGAGGGGACUUGAUGCCGGGAAGAUCAAAAAGCUAGAUGAAAAAGACAAGAAGAAAUCGGCUAGACUCAGACAGAUGUUCUACCAGAAUGAUGAUGUCGAGCGAUAUCUAGGUGGGGGCUCGGACGGUCGUCUCUGA